UUGAUGAGGCAGCACACCGAUGUAGCAGUGACGUACAACCUGCUCUCCAGCCUUAUGUGGAGAAGAGUGUGAUUCGCUGCAGCGCGAAGCUCCACCACACAAUAAGUUGCUACACUGUGGGACAAUGUAGGCCUGGUCAAAGCCUGUAUCCACUUCGAUUGUACUCAAGCAAGCGCGCAGCGUGUGACUGCACUAUGUUGUUUAAUUGUAAAUAAUAUGCUUGUUGUGAGGACGGAAAUCAUCAGAUGCGAGUUCAGAGCUCGCCUGAGCAGUAUUUAACCAUCUGUAUAGAACAACAACCAGACUACCCUGUCGAUUUACCGUUUGAGUUUAUUUAUACACCUGUCAACUGAUAAUGCCUGGUGUUUCUUUGUAACUCCAAGGGGAACACGUUACUGCAUCUUCGGGAUUGACUCACAGUUUUCAGGGAACUGAGCCAAGUUCCACGGACUCUCUUCCCUUCUUAUAAAAGAUUUGGUGCUCCCGGGGUUGGGAGCAUUGCAACGAAAGACGGCAGCCCGACUCCUCGACAAGCAGGCCCGACGUGCCUCUGCUGCUGCUUCAGACCCUGCGCUAGCUAGCCACAUGAUUGAACGGAACAUCAAAAGAGGGGUCCGGCCCGGGGCUCUGGACCCUCACCACCACCGGGCGUCUACCCCGAACCAUCACCAUCAUCACCCCUACGACGAUGACGACCAUUGGCUGGACCAGCCAGCCUCACCCAUCAGUACUGUGACCAAGUCGUUGCACUGGAGUAUAGCGGACAUGACAAUCAGGCAACAGCAAGAACAUAGCUACAGAGGGAGAAGUUCAAGCCUCCCUUUCUUAUCACUCAAAGAUCUUCCAGUACUUCAGCAACCCCCUGUUCUCAGAGUGGUUCUCCUCGGUAGCCCAGGGGUGGGGAAAUCAGCGCUACUCCAGCAGUUUUCAUCCUCGUUCUUCACCGAUGUCAACGACUACGAAUCAAUGCUUUCAGAUAAUCAAGAAGACGAAUUCUACGAGAAAACGGUCGAGAUAGAUGGCCAGAUUACAUCGCUACAUAUCUUAGAUACACCCUCUUACGGCCAGGCUGCCUUCGAGGAUAAGGAAGAGCAGUAUCUCUCGGCCGGGGAUGCCUACCUCCUCGUCUACUCUGUUACGGACCGGCGAAGCUUCAAGAAGGCCAAUGAACUCCGGUUUAAACUCCAACGGAGCAAAGAGACCGAAACAGUUCCAAUCAUCCUCGUAGGCAAUAAGACGGAUCUAGAGCGGUCCAGGGAGGUUUCAUUCGCAGAGGGGAAGCACUUUGCAGCCCUGUUCGACUGCAAACUCAUCGAGACCUCCGCCGCUAUCUCCCACAACGUCGAGCAGUUAUUCCACGGCGUGGUCCGGCAGUUCCGGCUCCGGAGUCGUCUCAAGUCGGACGAGGAGGAAUCCGGGAGCAGGGGUAGCAUGGACUCCACUGGGAAGGUCAGUCCAUGUAGACAGAGCAUCGCUUCGCAGAAGAGACGGAGGUCGUCCAUGCUAAACCGAGCACGGGGGGUCCUAGAGAGAAUACUUAGACGUCGGAGCGCUGAUGAGCCACCCGGGUAUCGCGCACGUUCAAAAUCAUGUCAUGUCAUGGAAGUACUAUAGGUACGACAUAUACUAAUGUAUUUUCUGUAUAUACUCAUUGUAAAUACCUUGUAAUUGCAAAACCUAUUGGAGCAUAAUGUUUCUGACGUCAUGAAGUAAUGAUAUACGUCAUUUAGUGUUAUGAGAAACUGCUUUAAUUUACAUAUUCAUGAUUAAGUUAUAAUUAUUCCCAUUAUACCAUCUUCAAAUGGCUACAAUUACAUCAAUGCAAUCACUCAGUUGACGAUAAGUCAGAUUAUUUCACUGGCACUGGCUUCCUUUCAACAGAGCCUAUUCAAAUCGCAAUUCACCCACUCCCCUGACUUCUGGUCCCGCUCAUUGUAUUACAUUACUGAUAAAAGAGGCCUAGAAACGGCCCCAAUCCCAAGCCUAUACCUAGUUUUUAAAAAAGGCUUAAAACAACGACCGUCAACUACGGCAAUGGAUGUUUGCUGCAGCGGUUGAAGAGGCUUCCAAAUUAAUUUGGUCAAAGCCGUCAAUUUUAGUGCCCGGGUCUGAAAAGUCUUUAGAGAAAAGCUAGUCUGGUCCCUGCAAAUAAAAUAAAACGAGGUUGCAUUAUGUUAACCAAUCAAACACACCAUGUUUUCUUAUUAGAACUUCAAAUUAGCAUUCUUUUGACAAUAUUAGUUCAGAAUGUAAUCAAACUUAUUAUUAAAUUGUGAAUUAUUUAUGUACGGUCGGGAAUAAUCACAUUUAGGUGCACUUAUUGAAGUUCUAUUAGAACAGGUUUCAUUCAUAAUGUCAAAGCUGGCUCCACGGCUGGCGGUGGUGCAGCAGUUAAAUUGCAUCACAAGGACUUGCAAAUGUUGUGGGUUCAAAUCCCUCAAAACUUCACUGAGGCCCAGUGGUUAGACUGCAUUACUUGCAUUACUUACUCACGAGGCUGUGGGUUCAAAUCCUUCCAAACUAACCGAUGAUUUCACAAUGACUAGAAAAUUGGCGUCUAGUUACUGAAAUGCAAUUUCAUGAUUUGUGCAAUUCAUAAUCAUAGACGUGACACUAAUGUUAGUGAGAGAGAUUGGCUGUUGCCAGCUUGUGUUAACAUUCCCUUGUUUGAGUUUGCCGAGUUCAUUUGCCGGGAAAAUCAUAUAAACAACCGCUGUACUUAGACAACCAAUAACCGCAAGAAACGUAAACUUUGUUUGCUGGUGUUCGUUUUGCUGUAAAAAAAAGU